CCAGCGAGCAUGUCGGGUCGCGGCAAGGGCGGCAAAGGACUGGGCAAAGGCGGCGCCAAGCGCCACCGCAAGGUCCUGCGCGACAACAUCCAGGGCAUCACCAAGCCCGCCAUCCGGCGCCUGGCCCGCCGCGGCGGCGUCAAGCGCAUCUCGGGCCUCAUCUACGAGGAGACCCGCGGCGUGCUGAAGGUCUUCCUGGAGAACGUGAUCCGCGACGCCGUCACGUACACGGAGCACGCCAAGCGCAAGACGGUCACGGCCAUGGACGUGGUGUACGCGCUCAAGCGCCAGGGCCGCACGCUCUACGGCUUCGGCGGCUGAGGACCCCCGUCGCCGGUCCCCCCAACUCCCAACAACCACAAAGGCCCUUUUCAGGGCCGCCCCAAGGAUUCGGGGAAAGAGGUGUGCACUCCAUGAAGCUCUGCGGGUCGCCGGGUGGGCAGCGGGUUUUAUACUUCGGCGUAUGCAAAUGAAGCUGCUGUUUGCGCCUUUCUCAUUGGGCCGCUGGUGCAGUGCCGCGUAGCUGAUAGGUCACUUUUGUUCCCUUGUAUCAGAAUGCUGCUCCCGGCUAUAAAUGGCUGGGGAGGGCGACGGGUAUCGGGCCUCGGCGGGCUCUGGUCCUUCCCGCGCCUCGCUGCCAGGCUGGCUGCUCCAGGCAGGCGCACGCGCGGGAGACUGCUCGGAGGCGCAGCCCAUCUCCACCGCGGCGGGGAGGCGAGCGCGUGCGAACCUCGUGUGCGAUUCCGGGGUGAUCGCGGCCCGAUCCUGUCCGGCAGGGCCACGGAGGCACGAAGACGACUUUCGGCUUUGGCGCCCUUUCCCCGCCACGAUGCCUGGAAAUCGCAGCCAAUCUCCUGCUUCAGCCGCUUCCUGGGUGCUGGGACUGCUGCCCUAAGCCACCAUUGAAUCGUGCUGAGCUCAGAGAGAGAGAGAUUGGGAAGAUAAAGGGCGCACCAGGGCUCCAGCAUUUGCAAACGAAGUCCGGACGCAUUCGCCCCCUAGUACAUCUGGUUUCCGUGGGUCCGCGGUUAUUGAACCUGGGUCCUUUGUUUUUGCAGGCAAGCGGCAUAACCGCUAAGCCAAUCGUAAUAACCUCCCACUUAUGGCUACCACGUAUUAAGUAUUUAAUGUGCAACCUGGGACACGUUGCAUUCCGAUUUCCCGGGAAAUUUUUUUUUACUGUUCAUGAACAUUUUUAUUAGGAAGACUCAAGAAUUGGCCUGGGUUUGAACACAGUCCCAUUGGAUUGUACAGCGGUUGAUUUCAUUCCCCAUGGGCCACUGUAAAUGCCUGACAGGUUUCUUUGUCGCUGUGUGGUGACAUUUCAUUUCGGAGUGUUUUCUCUUGCUUCAUAAAGAAGAGAGGGUUUACAUGACGUUACCAGUUUCAGUAACAAUCAAACAUCCCCAGAAUCUUAUUUAAAGGAAAAAUUGAGUUACUUGAAAGUCUAGGAUAGUGAAACAGAUGUUUUCCAUAUUUGUCCUGAGAAAUUUAACAAUGAUAGUUUAACCUGUUUCUGUACUAGAGGAGCUAUUUGCUGUACUUCUAAGUUAAACAGCUUUGGUUUUUGUCUAGUUGGACUUACUAUUUUCGCUUGAGUUAAGUUUAGCAAUUUAUAUGUUCGUGUAAAGCUAUAUAUUUAAUUAAGAUAUUAGACAAACACAUUUUCUAAUGUUAAGAGUCUUUCAGGGCUGGCGAGAUGGUUUAGCGGUUAAAGCACUUGCCUGCAAAGCCUUUUAUUCCCCAGAACCCAUGUGAGCCACAAGCACAUGAUGGCUCAUGUGUCUGGAGUUCGUUUCUAGUGGCU